CACAGUUGCCAGACAAAUAGACAUGAAAAUGUGGAAUGUAUGUGGAUUACUUCUGAUUGUAGCCUGCAUUGUUUGUCAAGGCUCGCUCUCGGCAAGACUCGACACACGAGUUAUUGGAGGAUCGGAUGCUGACACUGCAGACUAUCCGUACAUGUGUUCGUUAAUGUAUUCCGGAAGUCACACGUGCGGCUGCGUGAUCAUAUCAGCCAGUACAAUCCUGAAAACGGCGCAGUGUGUCGAUGGUAGAAAGUGAGUUUUUAAAAAUGUAUCCACAAGACAUCCAUUAAUCUUGCUUUGGAACCAAAAACGUAGCUUGGAUUUCGAAAUGUGUGCAUGAUACUCAGUAUCAACACGCUAAGAAGGUCCAUACUGAAGGAAAUUCCUCCUCAUCGGCUCACCAGCUCCAAGUUCAGCCAGCUAACGUUUGUAAACUAUUUGAUUCUUCGAUUCGUGUUGCACGUCACAUCCGCUGACCUUCACCCUAGCAUGCCUAGCAACCAGAGAACUGGAUGAAAACAAAUGUCUUAUUUACACUGAAUCGCAUAUAAGUAUUAGACCUCUUGUCCAUUGAGAAGCACAUCACUUCUAUUUUCGAUUCUGUUAGUACUCUCGUUAUACUAUA